GUUAAGGUACGAAUCCCCUCUCAGAUGCAUUUCAGCUGGUGGAAUGUCCAGUGAACGACCAGUCCCUGCACGUAAACGCAAAACUAAAGCAGAAUAAUAAGUGUACGACAAAGAAAAAAAAUCAAUCGAACAUGAAUCCGUGGAAGUGAAUAAUUGUGUGUGAAAAGUGUAAAAAUGGAUAUUGUAAAUAGAAAUCAAAGUACGUGCGAAUCGGGGGCUAUACCUUCGAUACCACAGUACUUAUCAGCCACAAAUGUCUACGGAAUCACCCUAGUGUCCCUCGGGACUCUCGCCGUCCUCCUAGUCUUAGCAAUGCUCAUCGACACCCUCAGUUACAUCAUGAAGAACUCGCCAUCUAGAGUGAAAGCUCACUCCGCUUUCGUCAUUGGAGUUUACCCGGUUGUCGCGGUUGCAACGUACUUCGCAAUUUUAGUCCCCAGAGCCCAUCUACUCUCGGAAGCCAUAACCCAAGGCGUCUUCAUGGCCGGAAUGUACCAGCUCUGGUGCCUCUUCGUCUCGUACUGCGGGGGCGAAGCCCAACUAAUCCGGAAAGUCAAACCCGGGACGUUGAGUCUGCGGGUGUCCCCGUGCUGCUGCUGGCCUUGCUGUUUCUUCCUGCCUCCAAUAGACGUGACAAAGAACACGAUUCAGAGGCUGCGUUUGUUGGUGCUGCAACUACCGGUGGUGCAAGGGCUUGUGUAUUUAGUGCUUUUGGUAAUGUGGGCCGAACGGGAGAGUUUGUAUCAAGUCAACUAUAUGUACCUACAACCCAUAAUCAUACUUUCGAUACUUUUUGGUAUCUGGGGGAUGGCCAUGACCAUCAAUCUGCUCAAAGGGUUUCUGGGUGAUGAAUACAUGAUGCUUGCCAAGUUCAUCGUCUUGCAAAUGGUACUGGUUUUGGCAAAACUGCAAGGUUUAGCGACACGGGUUUUAGUGUGGGGGAAUGUUUUGCCUUGUAGGGCUCCAAUCACGCCUGCGGUCUACGGUAACUUGAUUCAUAAUACGUUAAUGUUGGGAGAAAUGGUUUUGUUGCAAUACGCAGCGAGGCGAAUAUACAAGAGGGUCUUACCCACGGAUUACACAAGUGAAGGAAUUACGCGAAUAAGUACAAUAGGGGGCAUCAUGUCGUCGGGAUUGUUCCGUGAUAACAACAACAGUAAUUGCGACAACAUGAAUUUGAAACUAGAUUUUAGCAAAAAUGGGCAUAUUAACGUCGCAUUAGACGUUAAAGAAUAAAAAUAAAGUCGUUUUUAUGUUUUGUAAA